UACGGAAAACAGCACUUUGGCCUUUCCACUGGCCUGUUUCGUGAUACUGACAGCAUUUGCUGCUCGGCGGUGAGAAUGAGGAUGAGUUGAAUGUACACUGCAUACACAGCCCUAUUGUAGGAUUGCUGGGUUUACCGGUUGGAUAUUUGUCUGUGGGUUUAACGUUCGUCUGUGAACGCAUAUAGUCUUCAUUGGGGGCUCUCUUGGGUUCAUCCUGGACUCAGUACGCAGGCUGUUCAGAGCACUUUAUGAGCCCUUAAAAGCGCGUUGACACGUCUCCGGGCACUUCUCGACUUGACACUCAGUUGGCGUCGUUGUGAGAGCAAGAUGGAGUCACCCGCUACAACAGGAUCAAUGGGAUUGAUGGACGACCUUGUCUGCUCUCUAGAGAAACCAAAGUCUAUCGCCAAGAGAGCACCAUGGUGUAAUGCUGACAACUGUUAUCGCGCUCUAUUUCCAUGCCCAUCUCCCUCGGUGGUGACGGAGGCAGUUCGGUUUUGCGCUACAGUCUCCGCUGAUUCGGCAACCAACUAUCCCACGAGAGCCAUAGAUGCAUGCGGAACGGGAAAAGAACGGUAUAUAUCGGCAUGUUCUUGCCCAGCCACGAACUGUCCUGUGGGAAAGUCGAUUACGAGAACCACCACGCCGCAACAGACCACACAGGAUACGGUACCGUUGGUGAUCACGAAAACAGGUGCAGAGAAGGCGUCUUUGCAAAGUGAGCCGGCUGUGAUGGUGACGCAGGAUCAAGUUCCGGAGACCGACUCUGUCAAAGGAGUAGCGCCAACUCAGACUGUCAGCCAUGGCUCUGACGGGGCAAGUGAAGAACCCGAUAUAGGAUCAACGAACGGGUCUGCAGUUGGGGACCCGACAAAAACGCAAGAUGUGUUCUCGAACGAUGCUUCGAUAACUCAUGGCCAGGUGCCCAGCCAGAUGAUGAGCCAGGGACAGUCUUCAACCGAAUCAAAGUCAUCGCCAUUGCCACACUCUCUACAAUCACAAUUAACCCCAAAGUCACAAGGCCAAUCAUUUGAAUCAAACCCAUCAUUGCUGCUCUCCGUCUCAUCCGAAUCAGGGACUGAAACUAAAACAAAGCCGUCAUCCAAAGUACUCCGGCCAACGAAGACCACGCCAUCCGUGCCGACAAGCAUCAGCACACCAACGAAUAAUGGGGCAGAAGGACUGAGCGUAGGUCUCGUGGCAGCGAUAGCCGUCGGCGCGACGCUCAUAGCGCUGCUGCUGGCAGGCAUUGCAACUUACUGCUAUCUGAAGCGGCGCACGGCGCGUCGGGUCAGGGCGUCGACUCUCUCGGGCAAGGAUGCGCCAAAUCACGAGAUCAACGCGUCCCCCGAGUGGAAGCCGCCCGUUGAACUUCCACACCAGACUGCGAAGAUAUCACGCCCCGAGCUCGAAAAUUCGCUCGUCCUGCAGACUCAGCAUAACGAGUCUGUUCCUGCGCCUGAUGCCCACAGUACCCUGUCUGCUUGCUCGCCUCUUACAUUGGUUGAGAUGCAGGGCGACUCGGCGUGUGUUUCGCCUGCUGAAUUGUUCGUUAUGCCGGCUGAGUUGCCGGGCGUGUAUAGAAGUUGAUAUUGAUCGGGUUCAAGGGGUGCUGGUAUGAGAAAUGGCUUACGAGGGAUAAGUCCUACGAGGUCCGACGUAAUGCAUCUUGACUCUUUUCACGGAUUCUUUCCUACUUAUCUUGGCAUUUGCAUUUAAGAUCUGGGGAAAGGCGGAUGAUUAGCUGGGAUGGGUUAGAAUGAUCAUGUUCAUUACUAGAAUUGCUUAGAAUGCCUAUUGAUCAUAUAACUACCUUCACGGGGUUUCGCAGUCCUAGAUACCGGUAGUCAU